AUGGCGGCUCCCCAGCAUGGGGAGGCGCCGUUUCUUGUUCGUCAUUCGAAGACGUUUGCCUCCAUUCUGGCUCAAUCUCCGUCUUCUUCGUCCUCUGGCAUUGGUCAUCUCAGUACUUACAAGGGGGAGCCUUCGUUGGUGAUCUCCCGUCAAGACAUGUUACAGAUAGCGGCACCUUAUUCUAAUGCACUGGUUGGCAGGUUUGCAGUUGGUCGCCCUUCCAUGGAGAUUAUUCGCAAAUUUAUUGUUUCUUUGGGGCUGAAGGGUGAGUGUCCGAUAGGGUUAUUAGAUUCCAAGCAUAUUCUCUUACGGCCUUCCGUGGAGGAGGAUUACACCAGACUCUGGUGUCGAAAGUCUUGGUACAUCGGCAAAUUCCAUAUGUCCCUGUCGAAAUGGACAAUCGAUUUUAAGCCGGGAGCAGAGUCGUCCAUCGCACCAGUUUGGGUCAAUUUCCACGGUCUUCCAUUGCCGUUUUUCGAAAAGCAGUUUCUGCUUAAGCUGGGUAACUUACUGGGCCGACCAUUAAAGGUGGAUGAAGCUACGGCUGCGCUGAAGCGUCCGUCUGUAGCGCGAUUAUUGUUGGAAGUUGAUGUAUUGAAUUCUCCAAGAUCCAGGAUUUGGAUAGGGGAUGAUCAGUGGGGUUUUUGGCAGAAGAUUGAGUAUGAAGAAUAUCCUUCGUACUACGUUUUUUGCUCGUCCAUUGGUCAUGUCGAAAGUACCUGUCAUCAGAAGCAUCCGGAAUUGCGGCCUGUGCGACGCGCUAGACCAUCAGUUCCGUCUCAAGGCAAGCACGUCUUUCAACCGAAGGGAGGACCGCCUGUCGAUGAAUCUCCUCCUGUGGUGGAUUCGGGAGUCGUGACAGCCCCAAGGGUACACGUGCGCGAAAGCAGUAAUCCCACCGCAGAUGUCUCUAUUACUGUUAUCCCAUCAUCUUCGUCUAACCCUGUUAGGGGUAACCCUACACAGACUACUGUUCAUGCUCAGGAUCCCGUUCUCCCUGCUUCAUAUCGGGGGGGUGCUGUGAAUGCACAGAAUGAUCUCUCAGUACUGACUUGUUUUCCCCCGGUUUCUUCUUCUCCGGUUAAAGCUUUAUCGGACACAAUUCCUUCUUUCGGCCGAGAUGAGUUUCUGUUGACUAAAUCUGUGCCUUCAAUGCCGCAGCGCGAGCGGGCUUGUUCCCUUUCUCCUCGAUGGCAUGAAGGUCAUGCUCGUCUAGUGCGUUAUAACUCUGAGAGACAGUUAGGAUUGAAAGGUAUCGCUUUGGAUGAGUUAAAAAAUUUUAGGGAUCGGCUGGCCAGCAAAAUUACAGCAUCUAAGUUAAGCGAUGACCCGGUUGUCCCUGGAGCUCUUCUGGAUGAUACAGACGCACAAUUGCUGCAAAAUUUGGUUCAAGGUCACAAGACUCGUGGUAGGCAGAUCAGAAAAAGAGACGAUCCGAUUAAGUUUAUAGUGUGGAACAUUCGGGGUGCUGCGAAUAAGGAGUCGUUGAGGCACAUUCGUAGCGCUUGUAGAUCAAACGAUAUUCGUUUACUGAUCCUAUUGGAGCCAUUAGCUAAUGUCUCCCAUUUGGAUAGUGUGCAGCUGUUCUUGGGGUUUGAUUUUGCUCAGUCCUUCUUGCACAACAAAAUUUGGAUUUUCUGGUGUUCAGAUGCACGAUAUUCUUUUGUAGAAGCUGCGGAUCAGGUGGUCCAUAUACAUGUGUCUUUCCCCUCUGGUUCUUCCAUUUUUAUUUCGGCUGUUUACGCGAGGUGUAACAGAAUUGGUAGGCGACAGUUAUGGGAGGCUCUGGAGCAUUUUUCAACGUCUGUUACACUCCCAUGGAUGGCCGUAGGGGAUUACAAUGUUAUUUCUUCUGUGGAGGAAAGGAUUGGAGGUUCAGCCCCGAAUAUUCGUGACCUGGAAGAAUUUAACUCUGCAUUAAAUCGGAGUGGACUAUUUCCGGUACAGUUUGAUGGGUCUGCCUACACAUGGACUAAUGGGCGUAUGUGGCAGCGGCUUGAUCGAGCGGUCGUUAAUGCUGGUUGGCUGUCUUCUAUUGAGCUGACUCGAGUUGCUCAUCUUCAGCGAGGGCGAUCUGAUCAUUGUCCGUUGCUGGUUAAGGGGGGCAGCAUGGCAAGGCGGCGGUCGUCCUUUCGCUUUCUUAAUGUUUGGCGGAGUCAUCCUACUUUUCAACAAACAGUUGCGUCUGCUUGGGCUCAGCCUGUUCCUGGAAUUGGAAUGCAGAAAUUUUUUAAUAAGUUGAAGGUGGUUAAGCGAGUUUUAGCUGGAUGGAAUGUGGAUGUUUUUGGGAAUGUCUCUCAACGGGUCGAAGUGGCAGCGGAUAAUUUAUUGGCCAAGGAAUUGUUGUAUGAUCAAAAUAGGGAUGUGUUGUCUAGGUCGGCAGUACAUGAGGCACGGGCACUCCAUUCUCGGGAGCUAGCCUUAGAAUGUGAAUUCUGGAGACAGAAGGCAGCGAUCAAAUGGAUCAAAGAGGGCGACGCGAAUACCUCUUUUUUCCAUGCAACAGUUAAGCAGAAACGCAGCUCUAAUUUUAUUGCACGGAUUAGGGGCACCGGGGACACAGACCGCGAUGUUAGUUCAGGGAGCAGGCCUUCACUUGAGCUGCCUAAGCUUACGCCAGAAGAGAAUGACAUGCUGCUGAAAUCUCCAUCGGUGGAUGAGGUUUAUACUGUGGUGUGCUCAAUGGACCCUCAGAGUGCUGCGGGGCCUGAUGGGUUUGGCGGGGGUUUUUAUCAAAGUUGUUGGGAGUGUAUAAGAGAUGACUUCAUGGACGGGGUGCAGGAUUUUUUUGCUGGUGCCACAAUGCCACGCGGAUUUUCCAAUACGACGAUCAUUUUACUCCCCAAGAGGGAAGGCGCAUGUGAGUGGAAAGAUUUCCGACCAAUAAGUUUAGCUAAUGUUAGUGCCAAGAUCAUUUCUAAGGUUUUGUCCACCCGUAUCAAUCAGCUCCUUCCUAGGUUGGUUUUAGAGUUUCAGACUGGUUUUAUUCCGGGCAGCGGCAUACAAGAUAAUGUUUUGCUAGCUCAGGAAUUGAUUCUGGAUUUGGACAAAAAGCUGCGUCACCCUAAUGUAAUCUUGAAGUUGGAUAUGGAGAAGGCGUAUGACAGGGUGGACUGGGGGUUUUUGUUAUAUAUGCUGCGAGAAUUCGGUUUUAAAGAAGGAGUAGUGGAUCUGGUUUUUCGGUUAGUAUCCAACGUCUGGUUUUCUGUCCUGGUUAAUGGGGAGCUCACCGGCUUUUUCAAGUCGACUAGAGGGGUUCGCCAGGGGGAUCCGUUAUCGUCCACUCUUUUCCUUUUUGUCUCGGAAUUUCUGGGAAGGGGUCUUCAGCGGCUUUUUACUAGCAAUCCAGCGUUUAGAUUUUUGUCUAAGGGAGGGAUGGUCCCGUUUCUUGCGUUUGCCGAUGACGUGAUUAUUUUCACCCGGGCAUCGUCUGAAUGCUUACAGGCGGUAUCGUCCUUUUUACACGACUAUCAAGCUCUCUCUGGCCAAAAAAUUAAUCUCUCUAAGAGUCGCUUUCUGUGUUCGUCGAAGCUCUCUUCGGAGGUUAUCCAAUUAAUUCAGCAGGAAACGGGGUUUCAAGGGCAGCCUUGGCCUGUCAAAUAUUUGGGAGUCCCACUUUCUCUUGGCCGUAACAAAACUGUCUUAUUUGAUGGAGUAAUUGCCUCUGUGAGAGCAAAGCUUCAUCAUUGGAGUUCCCGGUUUCUGUCUGCUGGGGGGAAGCUCAUAUUGAUUCGUCAUGUGUUGAGUUCUAUGCCUCUUUACCUCCUGCAGGUUACUAAACCGCCUAAGGGGGUCUUUAUUAGAUUGGGCAAGCUGUUUAAUGCCUUUCUGUGGGAUGGCAAUGAUGGUAGGAGGAUUCAUUGGUCCUCUUGGGAAAAAGUCUGUUUUCCAGUUGAAGAAGGGAGAUUGGGGUUUCGGUCUCUUUUGGAUUUGGAGAGGGCUUUUGUAAUGAAAUUAUGGUGGACAAUACGUCAGAAGAGCUCUCCUUGGGCCAGAUUCAUGCACCGUAAGUACAUUGGCGAGCAACAUCCAGGUUUGGCUUCGGCUGCUGUGGGGUCGGCAACUUGGAAGAGGGUCUGUUUGGUGCGGGCUAUCACUGAAGAUAACAUUCGUUGGCGGCUAGGUGAAGGCUUCAUCGAUUUCUGGUAUGAUCGAUGGCUUUUCAAUGAACCACUUAGCAACCAGGUUACUGGUGCGCAUCCUCACUUUUUGGUAGCUGAGUUUUACACCUCUACGGGGUGGAAUACUGAUCGUCUCCUCCAGGUUCUCCCACAAUCUAUUGUUAAUAUUAUUUCCCAAACACUUGUUGAUCCGAAGCUUAAGGACGAGUUAAUUUGGGCUCCUUCCGCUGAUGGCGCAUUUUCUGUGUCGUCAGCCUGGGAUCUGGUUCGGCAGCGGCGUAACACGUCUUUGGUUUGCCGUGGAAUUUGGUGUCCGUUACUCCCGCUAAAAAUGUCGUACUUAGCUUGGAGGGUUUUGUCUGAUUUUCUCCCUCUGGACGACAAGCUCCGGUCUAGAGGAAUGGCCAUGGUUUCUAAAUGUGAUUGCUGUGGUAAUGCGGUGGAAUCCUUGAAUCAUAUUUUCUUACAUGGCAGGUUAGCAAGUGCUGUUUGGCAGCAUUUCUUUCUAGCUUGCGGAAUUCAGUGGCGUUCAUUCUCAUGUGUUUCUUCACUGCUAGUGGUGUGGUUUCAAUCUUCUAGCAAUGGCCGAUUGGAUCAUGUUCGGUGUGUAAUACCGGUAGUGGUGUUAUGGUUUCUAUGGUGUAGUAGAAAUGAUGCUCGGUUUGGAAAUCUUCAACCUGUCCAUUCCAAAGUUAUCUUCGAAGCCAAUGGGUGGUUGGUUGCUAAGGGGGCGGCUUGUAUGUUAAACAAAGUGCAGUUGGAGGGGGAUAUGGAUACGUAUUUUGCACGGUUUUUUCGGGUCAAGCCAGCCAAAUCAUUCUGUCUGAAGGCUAUAUCAUGGAUGAAGCCGCCUAGAGGGACGUACAAACUCAACACAGAUGCAAGUGUGAUCAAUGGUUUAGCUAAAGGUGGUGGGGUGGUACGUGAUUUUGAAGGGAAGAUGAUCGGUGCUUUUUAUAAGGAAUUUGGGGAAUAUGAAGUGAUAUAUGCGGAGGGAUUGGCAUUGUGUUCUGGGCUGCAGUGGUGUAUGGGGGCAGGGUUGUCAGAUAUUUUGGUAGAGGUGGAUUCUUUAGUGUUGGUAAGGUUGGUCCAGAAUCGAUCGGUUGGUAAGUGGCCGUUGUGUAGCGUCUUAAGUCAGCUUCGCUUGUUACUAGGCAAGGUGAAGGGGUCUAUUACACAUAUUCAUCGUGAGGCGAAUGCCGUGGCAGACAGCUUAGCAGCGUUAUCUCGGGAGGGUCCAUAUGUUACUUUUCAAUCUGUUCAGCAGCUUCCAAGUAGAGUUCGGUCGCUGAUUAAUUUGGAUGCGAUAGGUUUUCCAUACAUUCGCAGGUUUCCUGUGUAG